AUGAUCUGUAACAGGUUACAAAAUUUUUUUAAAAUAAAAAAUCAAUUAAAUAAAUCAAUAUAUUUUAGAUCAUAUACAAGAAGCUCAGAUGAAGUAGUUUUAAGAGAUAUUAAUUAUAUUAAUGAAUUAGGAAUCAAAAAAAAUAAUGAUAAUAAUGAUAAUAAUAAUAAUAAUAAUAAUAAUCAAACAUUAACAGAAAAUAAUAGUAAUAAUAAUAAUAAUGAUAUUAAUAAUAAUCAAACAUUAACAAAAGAAGAAAAUAAUAAUAAUAAUAAUAAUAAUAAUAAUAAUAAUCAAACAUUUACAAAAGAAGAAAUUAAAAAUAAUUAUAAAAAUAAUUAUAAAUAUAAUUAUAAAUAUAAUUAUCAAGUAAUUGAAAAUGGUUAUAAAAUUCUUGAUAUUUAUGAAGGUAAUAAUAAAAUAUCAAUGCAAGAUAAAUAUUAUGAAUUAGCACAAAAGGCAAAAAAAAAUACUUUAGUAUAUUAUUUUAAUAGUAUUAUGAGAGAGAGAAAAAGGUUUUUAUUUGAAUUGACAUGUUAUUUACAAAAUUGUAGAAAUCCUCUUUUAAUUAAACAUUUAUGGAAUGGAUUAAAUGGUAUAUUAAAGAGGGAUCCAUCAAUUGCUAAUAGUUUUUUAAAAUAUUUUGGUGAUAAUGGAAAUCCAACACAUUUUAGAUUUGUAGUAAAUUCAUUAGAUUUAGAUCAAUGGGAUUCAGAUACAUGGGAUUGUAUAUUAUAUUUUGAGAUUAAAAGAUAUAUUUUAAAUGAACCUGGUAGUGAUAAAAAUUUAAUUGAUAAGUUUAUCAAAGAAAUAAGAAUUAGAAAGGUGGAAUUUAAUAAUCAAAUGUUGAGUUCAUUAUUAAACUAUUAUAUGUUUGUAGGGGAUUUAAAUUCUGUGAAAUUCCAUCUUAGACAAUUAAAAGUUGAUACAGUAACCUCAAUAACAAAGGGUCAAAAUGAGGGAAUGGCAUUUCCAUUUAUAAUUCUCUCAAGUAUUACAAAGUAUUUCCUUGAUAUUAAUCCAUUGGAAAUUAUUAAUAUAAUUAAAUCAUUAAUUCAAAAACAUGGUACACCAAUGUUGGAAGAUAUUAAUUUCACUCAACUCGUUCAUACACUAGUGAAAUCCAAUAGAUCAGAUGAGUUCUUAGAUAUUUGGCAAUCGAUUCCAGAGAAGUCAAAAACAUUAUUAGUAUACAAUAGAGUGAUUGCUUACUUUGCCUUGGUUGAUGGUAAUAUUGAUUUUGCAAAUAUCUUUUUAGAGAAAUUAAUGCAACAUCAUAAACCAAACUUUCAAUCCUUAGAACCAAUACUUGUUGCAUCAAUUAAAAGAGAUGAACCAAUCAUCAAGUUGUCUGCAAUCUUAAAGACAAUGAAUUUACUUGAUUUGAAAUAUUCAGCAGCUAUUAUUUAUUGGUACUUAAGAAAAUUCCCAAAACAAUUCCAUAGAGAGAAGAUGGCAGUUAGGCUACUUCAUAAUCCAGAUCAUUUCGCUAGAGUUUUUGUAGUUUGUGAUAGAAUUAAUGAUGAAGAACAUAUUGAAAUUAAAAACUUUCUUUUAGAUUCAAUGGCAAAAUCACCAAAUCCAAAUAGUUUCUUAGAUGCUAUCAUCUAUGAAUACCUUUAUAUAGAUGAUUUCCAAAGUGCAUUAUCAUAUUAUACCAUAAAAGUUAAAUCAUUUGAAUCGUUCAAAACCAGUGAAAUGCUUAUGGCUUUUGCUGAAUACCAUAAAAAAAAAGGUGAGACUGAAUUGGUUCAACAUUUCACAUCACAAAUAAGUCAAACAACACCAUCCACUGGUAGUUUACAGAAAGUUCUUUAUUUUCUAGAGAAAAGGGUUGAAGAGAAUUUUAAAAAUAAUUUCUUAAAAAAGGAUAGACUAGAUUCAAUUACUCAAUGGUUAUCUCAAGUAACUCCAAUAGAGAAUUCAAUCAAUGAAAUUGGUAGUUAUAAUAGUUUUAUUAUGAAAAAUGGUGAAAUCGAUAGUUCAAUAGUUUCUCAUAAAAAUUUAAUUUAUAAUUCAAUCAAUUCUAAAAAUAAUUUAUUGGAAAAAAUAUUACAACCAAAGAAUAACUCUACUGAAAUUAAAUUUGAAUUAGAGAAAUCCUUAGAGAAUCAAAGAUUACCUCCAUUGGAAACAUUAUUCAAAAUGUUGGAUACAAUUUAUUUAAGUGAUCCUCCUGGUUUCCUUUCUUAUAUUUUAUCAUUGAAUACUCAAUCUUCGGUAUUACUACUCACCUAUUGCUAUUCAACCAUCAUUAAAUUCGAUAUCGAAUACGGUUUAGUUCAAAUGGAACCUGCAUUCAAAGCAACAUCUUUAACAAUGUCACUUUGGAGUGCCCUUUUAAUAAAUUCAAUUCGUCAAGGUUAUUAUAAUAUCACCUCUAAAAUCCUUUACUUUUUAAAAAACUCUAGAAAAUUAAUAUCCAAUCAAGCCCUAUUCAUAUUUGGUCAAGAAAUUCAAAAUAUCAGAUUCAAAAAAAAUAAUAUCAAUUUUAAUUAUAAUGAAAAUGUUAAAUUGGAUUAUCAUGAAAUUAGUAAUACUGAUGCUUCAAAUCUAUUCAACUCUAAUCAAGAUGGAAAAUUCAAAAAUUAUUAUUUAAAUAAUUUUACAGAGUCUCAAGUUAAUGAUUUAUAUAAAUCUAUUUUAAAUACAAAAGUUUCAAUUUUCUCAUUAUAUCAAAAAAUUGUUACGAUUCAAACAAGUGAUAAUAAUAAUAAUAAUAAUAAUAAUAAUAAUAAUAAUAAUAAUAAUAAUAAUAAUAAUAAUAAUAAUAAUACUACUACUACUACUACUACUACCGAUCUUACAUUUAAUCAUUAUUUUACACCUUUUAAAAAUUCAUGUAUUAGUAUUUUAAUUGAUACUGAUGAUUUAGAAAAUGCAAAUUUACUCUUAUCAAGAUUAAUUGAAUCUGGUUAUUAUAAUCGUGAAACUUUAUUAUUGGCAGUUGAAAUCCUUAGAAAAUCAAAAAAAUUCACAAAUGAACCUGAAAUCAUUCAUACAUUAAAAUCAACUUUAACACCACUAUUAAAAUCUUUAAAUAUUACAAAUGAAGAACUUUAUCAUUUAACUGAAGAUCCAAAUGUUUUUGAAAAUUCAAAAUUCAUUAGAUCUUAUUUAUCAAUUCCACAAAUUAAUCAAAUUUGUGAAUUAAGAAAUCAAACAAAUUCAUAUUCAGUUUUAGUUAAUAUGAAUAAAGCUUGUGAAGAGAAAAUUUUUAAUUUAAUUGAAACUUGUAAAGCCAUUUAA